CGAAUCAUUCAUGAAUCAUUCAUGAAUCAUUCACGAAUCGUCCCUCGAUCGUCCAGAAAGCAUGGAUCAGCCAUGGACGUCAAUUAUGCAAACGUCUCCAGGUGAUAUGAGGAUGCUCCCGAGUCACAAUAAUGGCGAUCACAUAUAAAGCCCAACAUGGCUCUCAGAAGUCACCAUCGGCCUGCUCGCACACCAUCUCUUCCUGUUCUCCUUCUUUGUCCCGAAAACGGUAUUCGGAAAGCCACGGACCGCACCUCAGUGGAAUGCAACUGGUUUCUUUUGUUUACUACCGAGUGGUUCUCACUGCCGCUUAAAAGCCUAACCCUGCGCACUCAACCAUUCGAACUCAGUUCAUCCAUUCCACCAUGUACCCAGACUGGCCCGAAUCAGAAGCGGACCUGAUGCCGCCACCGCAGGUCGAUGGACCCAAGUUGAAGGCUUUCAAGUUUUCUCGUGCACGAAAGAUCGAUUUUCUCGAGUAUGCUGGAGCAGGGACACAUUCACAGGUCUUCAAAGUCAAGAUAGAAGGAGAGAUCUAUGCUCUCAAAGUAUUUCGAUGGACCGACGGGGAUGAAUGGCCAGGGCCAGACAUUGACCCGGAUGCAUAUAGUCACGAAGCCCUCACGGCGUUUGCUAACCACGCUGAACCAUUCAAUUGUGAAUGUCGAGCCUUCGCUCGCCUCCAGGAGUCGGGUCACGAAGAUUUGGCAAUACGUUGUUUCGGGUACGUCCUGAUCAACGAGGAGGAAGAAAAGGAGAUGGUGGAUCGGUUCGAGGUCAGCUUUGAUUCAGAGGAAUUCGGUGGGUUUCCGGCAUAUAUGGGAAAACAGCGCGCGCGCUACCCCGGGAAGAGAUCUGGCCGAGAACCGCCGCUUCGAGCCAUCGUCAAGGCUUUCGGGAAAGUAGACACGCUCUUCAAUGCGUCGGUCGUGAAGAAAAUGUUCAGAGACAUAGUCCAGCUGCAUCGGCUGGGCAUCGCCAGCCUCGAUGUGGCGACCCGACAGCUCGUUGACGGCAAACCAUCCGAUCUCAGCCAGGCCCUGACGACUCCGAAUUUCAUCAUGACGCCGGAAUUGAACCCAUUGCUCUCGCCCGAGCAGGUGGCUCGCCUGGAAAAUGAAACCUUUCGAUGCUGCCGGACCGACUUUGCGCGGCUCGAGGAUUUGGUGCUUGUGUGGAACCAGGAACAUAAGAAGGCACGGGACAAAAUAUGGAUCGACCCAUUCCCAAACCAACGUCAACAUAACCUCAGAAAAAUGCCGGCCCGCCGGAACAAUCUUCCCUAUACCUUCGCCGACCCGAGGCUGUACGACUGGAGGAAGUCAUCCGUGGCGAGUGACGAAAGCGAGGGCAGCAUCAAUGCAACGGCGAAGGGUGGAAGGAGACAAAGACCAGGUGGAAAUGUGGACAGUUUUAGAGGCAGCAGAGGCUCAGGUGCAAAGAAGAAGCAGCGACGGAUCGACCUCUUCCCAGCCAGAUGGUAUUAUGAGUGUGAUGACAAGGAGGCUGCCGACCUCGAGGGAUGGCGAGACGCCUAUCCUCGACUAUCAGAGUACGAGUACAGGGAUGGUCUGAUCUUUCCACCGGCACCGAAGAAACCCCCACCACCUAUGGCGCCUCUGUCAGAGUUGGCCCCGGAGCAUCGACGCACACUCGAAGCAUUCGGCACUAUACCUAGGCAAACAUGAGCAAGGGCAAUUCAUUCGGUUGACGACGAAAGGCGAGAGGGUCAAGGACCGGUUGAAG